AUGCUUUCCUCCCUUGUCCCUGUCCUCUCGCUCCUCCUACUCUCCUGGCCCCUCCUUGUCCUCUGUGCUCCGGCAACACCGCCUCCCCCCCUGGUGGCGGCAGGUGGCCGAGCAAUGUACCGGGUGUUUGACACCUCCCUCACCCACCUGACCGUCCACAAGAGGACAGGCGAGGUUUUUGUCGGAGCUGUCAACAGAGUCCUCAAGCUGUCGGCCAAUCUGACCGAAAUGAGGAGUCACAUGACUGGACCGGUGGAGGACAAUGCCAAGUGUUACCCACCACCCAGCGUCAGGGCCUGCGCUCAUCGGCUGGACUCUUUGGACAAUGUGAACAAGCUCCUUUUGGUGGACUACACUGGCAACAGACUGGUGGCAUGCGGUUCCAUCUGGCAGGGUGUCUGCCAGUUUCUCCGACUGGAGGAUCUCUUCAAAUUGGGGGAACCUCACCAUCGCAAAGAGCACUACUUGUCUGGUGCCAGAGAGGCUGAUGGGAUGGCAGGUGUUGUUGUUGUCGAUGACGACUGGACCAACGACCCCAAGAGAAAGAAAACAGGGAAAGGCGGCAGCCGCCUCUUCAUUGGCGCUGCCAUUGAUGGAAAGUCCGAGUAUUUCCCCACGCUGUCUAGCAGGAAGCUAGUUGCCGACGAGGAGAGCGUCAACAUGUUCUCGCUGGUUUACCAGGACGAGUUUGUGUCAUCGCAGAUCAAGAUCCCUUCCGAUACACUGUCUCUCUAUCCAGCCUUUGACAUCUACUACGUCUAUGGCUUCUCCAGCCGCACUUAUGUGUACUUCCUGACAUUGCAACUGGACACUCAGCUGACACAGAUGGAUGCUGGUGGAGAGAAGUUCUUUACCUCCAAGAUCGUGAGGAUGUGCUCCAACGACACUGAGUUCUACUCUUACGUGGAAUUCCCCCUGGGAUGCACCAAGGAUGGCGUGGAGUACAGACUUGUCCAAGCUGCCUAUAAGCAGAAACCUGGACGACGCUUGGCCCAAGCACUCGGACUGUCGGAGGACGAUGACAUCCUGUUUGUCAUCUUCUCUCAGGGUCAAAAGAACCGCUCAAACCCCCCUAGAGAGACGUUGCUGUGUCUGUUCACGCUGCAUGACAUCAACCUGGCAAUGAGAGAGAGGAUUCGCUCCUGCUACCGUGGGAUAGGCCGCCUCUCAUUGCCAUGGUUACUCAACAAGGAGUUGCCCUGCAUCCACACACCGAAACAGAUCGGAGACGACUUUUGUGGUCUUGUGCUGAAUCAACCACUGGGAGGUCUGCGAGUCAUUGAGGGGAGUCCGUUAUUCGAGGACCGGACUGAGGGUAUGGGCGCCGUGGCGGCGUACACCUAUGGCGAGCACACAGUAGUUUUUGUGGGGACCCGCAGCGGCCAGCUGAAGAAGAUUCGCGUAGAUGGAAUCCCGCCGCCGUCUGGCAAUGCUUUGCUGUACGAGAGUGUAACCGUGGUGGAAGGAAAACCCAUCCUGAGAGACAUGACGUUCAGUCCAGACCACCUGUACAUCUACUUACUUAGUGACAGACAAGUGAGUCGACUUCCCGUGGAGACAUGUGAGCAGUACCAGUCUUGUUCGGAAUGCUUAUCUUCAGGAGACCCUCACUGUGGUUGGUGUGUCCUCUACAACAAAUGUUCAAGACAGGAAGCCUGUGAGAAGUGGCAGGAGGCUCAGCACUUCAACACCAAGCUAGAUCAGUGUGUCAACAUCUCCGUUACCCCCAGCAACAUGUCUGUCACUGCCCCUGCAACACAGUUGAGCAUAAGAGUGCACUACGUACCAGAGCUGUCGGGGGGCGUCUCCUGCGUCUUUCAGGACAUCAGCGAAACAUCUGGGGAGGUCGGGGCCGACGGUCAGGUGACGUGCAUGUCGCCCACGCUCAGAGACCUUCCACCACACUCCUACGGAGAGAAGCGGGACAUCCAGCUCAGUCUUCGGUCCAGUGAGACAAGACGCACUUUUAUCAGCACCAACUUCACCUUCUACAACUGCUCCGUGUUAAACUCGUGCACUUCCUGUGUGGGCAGCAUGUUUCCGUGUCACUGGUGUAAAUAUCGUCACAUGUGCACCAACAACCUAGAGGAUUGCUCCUUCUUGGAGGGACGCGUCAGCACGCCUGAGGGCUGUCCUCAGAUCCUGCCCACAUCCGACAUCCUUGUGCCAGCCGGUCUGGUUCGUCCAAUCACGUUGCGAGCACGCAACCUCCCACAACCUCAGUCGGGACAGAAAAACUACGAGUGCGUCUUCCAAAUCCAAGGCAAAGUCCAGCGCAUCCCAGCAGUCCGUUUCAACUCGUCCUGCAUCCAGUGUCAGAACACCUCGUACUGGUACGAGGGGACAGAGGCAGCUGACCUUCCUGUGGACUUCAACAUCGUCUGGGACGGAGACUUCUUUAUUGACAAGCCCGUGUCCAUGAAAGCGUUGCUGUACAAGUGCGAGGCUCAGCGCUCCAGCUGUGGGCAAUGCCUGAAAGCGCCAACCGCCUUUCAGUGUGGAUGGUGCGCCGAAAGCAAGAAGUGCGUACUGCGUCAACACUGCGCGGCACCAGAGCACAGCUGGAUGCACCACGGACGUCACAACGUGCGCUGCAGCCACCCACGCAUCAACAAAAUCGCCCCGCUGACAGGACCUCGCGAAGGGGGGACGCGCGUGACCAUCGAGGGGGAGAAUCUGGGCCUGCAAGUAAAGGAGAUCACGCACGUUCAAGUUGCCGGUGUUCGCUGUAACCCUGUCCCCUCGUUGUACAUCAGAGCAGAAAGAGUGGUGUGUGACAUGGCGGAAGCGUUGCUGCCUCAUUCUCCAGGCGGUGCAGUAGAAUUGUGUAUCGGCGUGUGCAGUGCUGAGUACCGCACUAUGUCCACACAAGCAUACGCGUUCGUGAGUCCCAGUUUGAUCAACGUUCGUCCAGAGAGAGGUCCAGUUUCUGGAGGAACAAGGCUGACAGUAGCAGGUCGAAACUUGGACGCUGGCAGCAGUGUGUCCGUCUACAUUGACAAAGAUGAAUGUCUGUUUGUCAAACGCAUCAACCGGGAAGUGGUCUGCAUUACCCCUGCCUCACCGUUUGGAGUUGGCCCUGCUCUCAUCCGCCUGAUGAUCGACAAGGCGGAAGUGACCAGCUCAGAGAUCAAAUACACAUACACAGAGGACCCCACCAUCACCACCAUCGAACCCAAUUGGUCCAUCCUCAAUGGAAGUACAGCGAUCACAGUGACAGGAACCAACCUCCUCACCAUCCAGGAACCCAAAAUAAGAGCCAAAUUUGGUGGCGUGGAGACCAACAAUUUUUGCACUGCAGUCAACGACAGCGUCAUGACGUGUUUGGCCCCUGGCCUGGUCUAUGGCAAACCCAACCCACCAGAUGUGGCGCUGCAUGCUGACGAGUUUGGCUUUAUCUUGGAUCAGGUGUCUUCGUUGCUGGUGCUUAACGCCACCCCUUUCACGCAUUACCCCAAUCCCACCUUCGACCCCCUGGGAAAUUCUGGAAUCCUGGAGGUCAAGCCGGGGUCCCCCAUCAUCCUCAAGGGUAAGAACCUGGUCCCACCUGCCCCUGGGAAUAACCGUCUGAACUACACAGUUUUGAUUGGCGAGUCUCCAUGCUUGUUGACUGUUUCGGAACAUCAGCUGCUUUGUGAUUCUCCAGAGCUGACUGGAGAGCAACGUGUGUUGAUCCUGGUUGGUGGUCUGGAGUUCUCCCCUGGAACGCUUCACAUUUAUUCAGACAGUGCCCUGACGCUGCCCGCCAUCAUUGGCAUUGGUGCGGGCGGCGGCGUGCUUCUGGUCGCCAUCAUCGCUGUGCUGAUCGCCUACAAGCGGAAGACACGGGAUGCAGACCGCACGCUGAAGCGUCUCCAACUACAGAUGGAUAACCUGGAAAGCAGAGUGGCUCUCGAAUGCAAAGAAGCCUUUGCUGAGCUGCAGACCGACAUUCAGGAACUAACCAACGACAUGGACGGAGUGAAGAUUCCCUUCUUGGAAUAUCGCACGUACACUAUGAGGGUCAUGUUCCCAGGAAUAGAAGAACAUCCAGUACUUAAAGAACUGGACUCUCCGGCCAAUGUGGAGAAAGCCCUCCGACUGUUCAGUCAGCUUCUAAACAACAAAAUGUUCCUGUUGACCUUCAUCCACACGCUAGAGGCUCAGAGGUCGUUCUCCAUGCGGGACCGCGGGAACGUGGCCUCGCUGCUAAUGGCCGCACUGCAGGGCCGCAUGGAAUACGCCACAGUGGUGCUCAAGCAGCUGCUUGCCGACCUGAUUGAGAAGAAUCUGGAGAACCGGAACCACCCUAAACUCUUACUGAGGAGGACUGAGUCUGUGGCGGAGAAGAUGCUGACCAACUGGUUCACCUUCCUCCUGUAUCGCUUCCUCAAGGAGUGUGCUGGCGAGCCUCUGUUCAUGCUGUACUGCGCCAUCAAGCAGCAGAUGGAGAAAGGGCCCAUUGAUGCCAUUACCGGGGAAGCACGUUACUCCCUGAGUGAAGACAAACUCAUCAGACAACAGAUUGACUAUAAGCAGCUGACAAUGAUGUGCAUCCCUCCGGAGGGCGAGGCGGGUACAGAGGUGCCGGUUAAGGUGUUGAAUUGUGACACGGUGACGCAGGUCAAAGACAAAUUGCUGGACGCUGUCUACAAGGGGAUCCCCUUCUCGCAGCGACCGCAAGCUGACGACAUGGACCUCGAGUGGCGUCAAGGUCGGCUUACAAGGAUAAUCCUGCAGGAUGAAGACGUGACCACAAAGAUCGAGAGCGACUGGAAGCGACUCAAUACGCUCGCUCACUAUCAGGUAACAGACGGCUCCAUGGUGGCACUGGUCCAGAAGCAGGUUUCUGCUUACAACAUCGCCAAUAGUUUCACCUUCACCAGAUCGCUCAGCAGAUAUGAAUCAUUACUGCGCACCUCAAGUAGUCCUGACAGUCUGAGGUCCAGAGCGCCCAUGAUCACACCAGACCAGGAGACAGGAACGAAACUCUGGCACCUUGUCAAGAACCACGAGCACAGUGACCAGCGAGAAGGAGAUCGUGGCAGCAAAAUGGUUUCCGAAAUCUACCUGACACGCCUGCUAGCAACAAAGGGUACGUUGCAGAAGUUUGUGGAUGACCUCUUUGAGACGGUCUUCAGCACUGCCCACCGAGGGUCCGCUCUGCCGCUGGCUAUCAAAUACAUGUUUGACUUUCUGGACGAGCAGGCCGACAAGCGACAGAUCAGUGACCCGGAUGUGCGACACACUUGGAAGAGCAACUGUCUUCCUCUCAGGUUUUGGGUCAACGUCAUCAAGAAUCCACAAUUUGUUUUCGACAUCCACAAAAGUAGCAUCACUGACGCGUGCCUGUCAGUCGUGGCGCAGACCUUCAUGGACUCUUGCUCCACAUCUGAACACCGACUUGGAAAAGACUCCCCGUCCAACAAACUGCUCUACGCUAAAGACAUCCCUAACUACAAGAGCUGGGUGGAAAGGUACUACAGAGACAUCGCAAAAAUGCCGAGCAUUAGCGACCAAGACAUGGAUGCCUACCUGGUGGAGCAGUCACGUCUCCAUGGCACCGAGUUUAACACACUGAGCGCGCUCAGUGAGCUUUACUUCUACAUCAACAAGUACAAAGAAGAGGUUCUGACGGCGCUUGACCGUGACGCCUACUGUCGCAAACACAAACUGCGCCACAAACUGGAACAAGCCAUCAACUUGAUGUCAGGAAGCUGA